AUGUCGAGCCUCACCCCAGAACCCGGAGGAUCAAGUCUCAUAGGAGUAGCUGAUGGCUGGCAGCCAUCAGCUACUCCGGGUGAGGGGAGGGAGGGGGGAGUGGUUGAGGAGAAGAAGAGGGAGAGGAGGGAGAGGAGGAGAAGGAGGAAGAGGGAGAAGAGAGGCUCCCAAGGCAAGAAACCAAGGGAAAAACGAGGCUUGAAUCCCGAGAGCCUUAGGAUUUUGAGGUUCCUCCAGGAAGCGGAGAUGAACCCCUCAAUUCCCCCAGAGAUACUGGAUGAUGACAAUGAAGAAGAAGGAGAGAGGUAG